AUGGAUCAAGAACAAGAACAAAUGCAGUUUCUUGGCUUUUUUGGCAUCUUCAAAGAAACCUUCAAAAUCAUCUCAACUUACAAAGAAAUCUUCACCAAAAUCUCUCUCUCCAUCAUCCUCCCUCUCUCCUUCAUUUUCUUGGCUCAUAUCGAAGUCUCUGAAUACCUUUUCGGAAAAAUCUUAGACAAUGAAGAUAUUCGUGAUCAAACCCCACAAAACACCAGAAAAUAUAGUACGUUGUCUGAUCUCAUCUCUUCCGAAUGGACCUAUUUUUGGGUGUUUAAAGUUGCUUACUUCAUCUUCUUCCUCGUCCUAUCCCUCCUCUCUACCUCAGCUAUCGUUUAUACCAUAGCAUGUAUCUACACAUCCAAACACAUAACCUUCAAGAAAGUGAUGAGCGUCGUUCCAAAGGUUUGGAAACGAUUAAUGGUCACUUUUGUUUGGAAUUUCAUCAUCUUUUUUGUGUUUAAUCUACUGGCGUUGGUGGUAUUUGCGUGCUGGGUUGCAUGGGUUGAUUUUACAAACACUGGGGUUUUGAUUCUUAUCGUUUUAGCCAUUGUUUAUGUCGUGUUGUUUAUCUAUAUCAGCGUUGUCUGGCACUUGGCUAGUGUGAUUUCGGUUUUGGAAGAUGAUUAUGGGAUUCAGUCGAUGUUAAAGAGCAGAGAGUUAAUCAAAGGGAAGACUGGUGUUUCAAUGGCUAUAUUUUGUUUUCUUAACAUAUGUUUUAUCACGAUUCAAGUGGGGUUCGAGUCGCAUGUGGUGAUCGGAAAACAUUCGCUCGUGGUGAGAACAAUCUAUGCGAUUCUCUUUUUCUUGUUGCUUUCUGUAUUGAUUCUUUUCGGCCUUACAGUCCAAACCAUCAUUUACUUCAUCUGCAAAUCAUUCCGUCAUGAAAACAUAGAUAAAUCAUUGUUGGCUAAUCAUCUCGAGGUUUAUCUUGGGGAUUACUUACCAUUAAAAUCAAAGGAUGUACAACUUCAAAAUUUCGAUAUAUAG